CGUCUCCCGGCGGAAGUGGUGAGUGAAGCGCUGCUGGACUCCAACAGCUAGCUGGCUAGGGCGUUGCUAGCGGCAGAAAGUGGGAUUUUCGGUACCGCUUUUUGCAAGUUAUUUCCUCGUACAAAAUAACGUCUCGCGUUGGAGAAAACGGCGUUUGAUGUUAGCUGAAAGUUUACACCGCCUCGGUGGCCUUUUGUUGUUGUCGUUGUUUACAGAGGACCGUUAGCUUUGGACACGGAGCUAGCCUGCUCGCAUCCACGGGAAUUGUGCCGAGAAACAACUGAAUUGUGGAAACAUGGAGUCAAGGAGCGUCGCGCUGUGCUAACCGACUUCUCUGGAUUUUCUUUCCUGAAGGAGACUUUUUUUUUUUUUUGAAGGACGUAUUACGGAAGACAUAUCGCAAGCCAGGCCACAUUCAUGCCGCGUUGUGCAUAUAUAUUUUGGCUCAUUGUUGUGAACGGGACUUUGCUUAGUUUGCACUCGAAACAAGAGCAAACGGAGCAAAGUUUUUUUUUUUCUGCUGAAAGAGCUCAUCUGUUUUGUUAGCUGUUAAGUUAGCUGGCGAGAAGGAUUUUCUCCCCCAAAAAACACCCAUUGUGCUUUAUUUUAACCGACCGUCUAACCGUUUUAGUUGUUUUUUUGUGUAUCUCACGUCUUACACCGGUAUACCAUUAGCUGCAGUUGUUGCUAAUUCGUAACACGGGUCGUUUCAAUUCAGUAUUGAGCUAUUCUCAUGGUCACGGGAGAGUCUUCUCCACAGCCACAGGCAGACAUUUCUGGGAACAAGGAAUACCAAAUGGGACUGGUGGGAUUUCCAGCAUCUUAAAACAAAAAAAAAAAAAAGAUCAUUUUUUUUUUUAGGAACCGAGGCCAUUCAGCCGGACCGGGGGGUGGUGAAGCAGACGGACAGCAUCGCAGGGCCGAGGUGUCUGUUACAUCGGGAUACAUAUCGUGCACGGAUGUGAACGCAAAGGAUACACACCAGGAGUUCAUACAUGCACGGAAACUUGUGCCAGCUGACGCAGUGUAUUUAUUCUUGUUGCCAACAUAUUGUUUAUAGUCCUGGUCGGAUAUCAUCCACAGCUAAUACGACAGAGGCCCCGGAUAUUGUUUUUAAGCUAUGCUCUGUAGAUUCCUUGCUUUCCGAUUUUUGGGGCAAGGAAGUAACGUUUAUUGGCUAGCGUAUAGGUAGUGUUUUUGUGUAUGGACGUGCCUUGCAACAACCCAACAGUGUCCUACAAGUAAUCUAUCUCCAACACCAUUAUCAAAGCCCCUGCCUACUUCACACUUAUGCCAAGAGAACGGACGCUCCAGGAAAUCGCCUCAUCACACUCUGGACAAUGUUAAUCGGAUAUAAUUUGCUGCGAAUCUAGAACCGGAAGCCCAAUGAGUGACACACAGUCCAGCUUCACUGACAGGUUUCCCAAGAAAGCAAACAGAACCAGCAGCAUUCUCAGUAAAGACCACCCCCCGGACAAGAAACCCAAAAGUGACAAAACAUCACUUCCCUCCAAUGAGUUUGACCCGACAGAAGCUCUGGUGCUGCAGAAGAGUGGCAGCAGCAGUUUGCUAGCAGAGGGGAAGCCUGAGUCCUGUGGUCUGGUUCAACGAUGUGUAAUCAUCCAGAAAGAUGAAAAUGGCUUUGGGCUCACUGUCAGUGGUGACAACCCAGUGUUUGUGCAACUUGUCAAAGAAGAUGGGGCUGCUAUGCGGGCAGGUGUUCAGACAGGAGACAGGAUCAUCAAGGUUAACGGGACCCUUGUUACACAUUCAAACCACAUUGAGGUGGUGAAACUUAUCAAAUCGGGCUCCUAUGUGGCCCUCACAGUGUUGGGGCGUCCUCCUGGGCUCGCCCAGAUCCCUCUGUCUGAAGCAGAGUCUCAAAUGCUCGGGGUUAGCAUUUCCUCUCCAAACUCCCCAGCAGCAGAACGCCCCUACAGUCCUCUGGACCGCCUCUCCUUCACUCAACCACCAUGGGAUGAAAACAGCAGUGUCUGUAACCAGAGGGUUGACAUGUUGCAAAAGAUGCUCUCAAAAGGGCAGCAGGGGCUGCAGGCCAUGAAGGAGGAGUACAGCAGGAACCCCUCCCCCAAACUACUGAAAGACAUCCAGGAAGCUAAGAAACACAUUCCUCAGCUGCAGGGUCAGCUCUUCAAGGCCACUGGGGCAACACAGGAGGCUGUUCCAGGUGGAGAUGCAGAUGGUGGUAGCAUGUUUGAGACGGAGCACUCUAAGGGAGACAACAGUACACACCUGUCCUGGAGCAGCACUCCUACAUCUCGUGGAUUUGGACCUGGAUCUCCAGAGAGCCUUUACCCAAGAGAGCCAUCCUAUCCCAGCCCAAAGAGCAUCCCCAGGAACAGCUUCAACUCCUGCCACUCUCCAGAGGCAGAGGACGCCACUGACCUGGACUCUCUGUCCCCUACCACAGUCAGCAGUCCCUCUUCCUCCCGCCUCAUCUCGCAAAUCAUUGGAGCUGAGGAUGACUAUUUUGAUUCAGACCAGGAGCAGACAAAUGGCCAGUGUCACAGCUUUAACAACAUGGAGCAGCUCAAGUCUCGUCCCGCCCACCUCGCAGCCUUCCUACACCAUGUCAUGUCUCAGUUCGACCCCGCUCCUGUGCUGUGCUACCUCUAUGCUGACUUCUACAAGCAGACCAACUCCAAAGAGACCAGACGGGUGUUCAUGGACCUCCACACCUUUUUCAUUGACCGUGGAGCGAAUUUGAAAGUUGCUGUCCCUGAAUCCAUCUCUACUGAUCUCGACCGCCGGCGGACAGAACUGAUCCCUGAGGAAAUAAACAGACAGCAUGUUCAAACACUGCAGGACUCUCUGCUCCCUGACAUCCAGAAGAACCUUGAGGACUUCAGGCAGAAGCGCAGUAUGGGCCUAACGGUGGCUGAAGUAGAGCUGUCCAGACUGGACCAAGAGAGAGUCAGAGACCGUGUCGCUCUGGAGAGAGAGCGCUCAUACGCUGAAAACAUCAUCACCAAGAUAGAGGACAUCCUGUUAACUACUCAGACCACAGAGGAAGAGAAAUGCACUACAAUGCAGUAUGUCAUCUAUACGUACAUGAAGCACCUUGGUGUGAGAGUCAAGGAACCUCGGAGUCUGGAGUCCAAACGUGUCAGGAUCAACUUUCUUCCCAAGAUCAAGAAAAGCAUCAAGACAGAAAAGGAAGGAGAAGAGAAGGUGAAGAAACCCAGGUUUCCCAGUAUCCUUGGACCUCAGCGUCGGCCCAGCCGCAUUGAAGCAGCAUCUGUAGGUAAAGCCUUGGAUGGUCGCCCCCGGCCGCAGAAACAGUUGUCUCAGCCCACACUAGGGGCAAGUGAUCACAUGGAAGCCGGUCGUCUCAGAGGCAGCCAAUCGAGCGAGGGCUCUGAACUCGUACACUCCAUGUCUAUCAACUCCUCGUCCCCAAACAGCGCCACCUAUAGCUCAGACACUAGCCGAGACACUGAUAUGGGUGGGACUCCGACCUCAGGCCCGUCCAGGCUGAGUGACGGCCUUCAGUCCGACCCCCUUGAUGGGUUGCCGUACUCUGCUCCGCAAUUUGACCUUUACAGCCUGGACCAACUGCAAGAGGAUGACAGAGAAAGCGACAGAGCCCACGAAGGAACACCAAAGGCCAUAAGAAGGCUCGAGGGACUGGGUGCAGCUGACGUCCAGAGUGAGGACGACCAGGGAACAGACUCUGAGCACGACCCUCCAAACUGGCAGCAGCUGGUGGGGCGAGAGAUCCUAGCGGGCCUCAGGCCUCAGGAAAUCAAGAGACAGGAAGUCAUCAAUGAGCUGUUUUAUACAGAGCGCGCACAUGUAAGGAUGCUGAGAGUUUUGGACCACGUUUUCUACCAGAAGCUCUCAAAAGAGGCCAUCCUGCCUCCUGCUGAUAUCAAGAACAUCUUCACCAACCUGGACGACAUUCUACAGCUGCACGUUUCAAUACUGGAGCAAAUGGCAGCCGUUCGGAAGAGAAAUGAGUCUUCAGUAAUUGAUCAGAUAGGCGACGACUUGCUCUCCUGGUUCAGCGAUGGAGAGGAGGAGACGAUCAAGAAGGCGGUGGGGACGUUCUGCAGCAACCAGCCGUUUGCUCUCGAGAUCAUCAAGACCAAGCAGAAGAAAGACUCGCGGUUCACUUCGUUCGUGCAGGAGGCAGAGAGUAACAGACUGUGUCGCCGACUGCAGCUUAAAGACAUCAUUCCUGUAGAGAUGCAGCGGCUCACCAAGUACCCCCUGCUACUAGAGAACAUCGCCAAGUACACAGACAACGCCGUGGAGAAGGACAAAGUGAAGCAGGCAGCAGACUGCUGUAGGAAGAUUCUCAAUCACGUCAACCAGGCUGUUAAGGAAUCUGAGGACAAGCAGAGGCUGGAGGACUAUCAGAGAAGAUUGGACCUCUCUACUCUCAAGCAGACAGACAACCCCAUGAUCCUGGAGCUAAAAAAUUUGGAUUUAACCAAGAGAACGAUGGUGCACGAGGGGCCGCUGUCAUGGAAAGUGAACAAGGACAAGACUAUUGAGUUGUACACCCUCCUGCUGCAGGACAUCUUGGUUCUGCUACAGAAACAAGAUGAGCGUCUGAUCCUGAAGUGUCACAGUAAAAACCUGGCAGGCACCGCAGAUACCAAACAUAUCUUCAGCCCCAUCAUCAAACUCAAUACUGUGCUGGUGCGCUCUGUGGCCACAGACAACAAGUCCUUCUUCGUCCUAUCCAUGUCAGACAACGGAGCCCAGAUCUAUGAGCUGAUGGCGCCCACAGUCUCCGAUCAGAGAACGUGGCAGCGUCUAAUCACCCAGAGAGCUGAUGCCAUGAAAGUCAAACCUCACAGCGUCAUACCAUUACCUCAGACUGAUGGGGAGCGAGACGGUGUGGAGAUCAUUACAGCAGGUGUUUCCAGGCUGAGUCGAGACCCAGACCGCACAUCCACCGGCAGCACCCAGUCCACAGAUAAAGAGAGCAGUCCGGCGCCUAGAAGUGUGACACAGAGCUCUCUGCCAGGUAAUAAUCCAUUUGAGGGAAUAAAGGCAGAGGAAGAGGAGGAGGAGGAGGAAGGCUUUGUGGACCCAGAGUUUCCUUAUCAAGCGGCGGAAGACGGCAAAGAAGGAGACUCGUUUAACAUGUUUCCCUCCAGAGCAGACGAAGCACUGAAAACAUUGGCAGCGUUGAAGCAGGUGUUGGUGACCCAGCUGAUGUCCCAGGAGGCUUUAGCGCAAACCAAACGCUCCACGGGGGUACGUCUCCUCAGGACCACCUCUCUGCGGACACCCGUAGACAGCCGCGCUCGGGGGAUGGUCCACAAUGGCUCGGAGAAGAUUAGCUCCCAGACCGAGGACCCGACUCAGGACCUGGGCUCUGGGGACACGGGCUUCUUUGAUUCUCCUGAAGAUUAUGCAGGGUAUUUAGUCCUGGGGGGUUACGGCGGUCCAGGGGAGAGCAGCACAGACGAUGACAUCUUGGCAUCAACCACAGGAAAGCAGCUGAGAUCCUCGCAAGGCUGUGCUGCCGACUCCGGCAUCAACUUGCGCUUUUCUUCUACGUCACAGGCCGGCAGCCUCUCCUCUUUUAGCAGACAGGUCUUGUCUCACCUCAGAAACCUUCAGGUCAACCUCAACUAUCUGAAGGAGGUUGAGGCCAAGUACAAUAAUCUAAUACGCCAAAGGCCAGAGAGGUCAGCAGCAGACACGGAUGGAAACAAAGAUAAGAGAUAGUGGAAGACAGUACCGCAGCUUUUAGCUCUGGUCCCAAAGAGGAAGGACCGCCUUGUGGUCUGUUCCUACUUCUUGUGUCCUGGACAUUCUGGACAUCCUAUAAGCUUGUCCUCUCACUGCUGAGCCCCCUGUCUUUCAUCACCCUCGCCCAUGGUUGCCACAGAGAAUGAGAGACUUGAGUGUGAGCAGAAAUGUUUGAAGGGUGGAGUCAUCUUUGUGAUCCCCCCCAUCCCCCCCCCCCCCAUCAGCACAAGGCAAUCAGGAAAGUGGGAUUGCCCCGAAAAAACCUCACUCCUCUACCAGACAACACCCAUUUUCCCUGCAAGAAAGAGAACUUAUACCAAAAUGUACAAAGAUGUGUGUUUAGAAUAUAUAUAUAUGAAACACAAAACAAGAAAAGGAAAAUUUUAAGAUAAUGUAUUAAGAUUUUUUUUAUCCCAAGAUGUAUUUAUUUUCUUUCUUUUCAUUUAAAAAAAAAAAAAAAAAAAGUGUUUCCAACAUUGCUUGCAUGCCUUUGGCCAUGGUGUUACCGUUUUGGCUGCUUUUCCUGUUUCAGUCAAUCAGGGUUAGUGUGAGUGUUGGGUGCACGCUAGCAUACAAGCACGCCAGUCUAGCGUACCCUGAUGAAGGGGCAGGAUAUAUUCAGACUGAUAGAGGCCAGACUUGCACUGGCGAUGGCUAGAUCCCAUUGUGUUAAAAACUCUUGAAAUGUGUUAAAGUCUAGAAUUUCAGAUAAAUUCUAGUUGUGGUGUUCACUAGAAUGAAGAGUCUGGAGGCUCUGAUCUGGUCCUGUUACAUUUUCGUGCUGCCUCUUUCUUCCUCCUCCUCCUCCUGUGAGGGGUAUUUUGCCUCUCGGCUGCUCCUCUUCUCCUAUGCGUGUGACCCUCCCCCUUUCUUUUUCCUGUGAACACUUUCGGGUGUCAUACUUCUCCUUUUCCUCACAGCCCAGUGUCUUUCAUGCUUAUUUAUCCCCUCCCACACUCUAUAUGUCAUGCUUCUUCAUUUGCAUUUGGGUAUCUUGCCCCCCCCCCCCCCCCUCCUCCUCCUCCUCCUCUACAAGGAGCGCUCAUGCUCUUUCUGUAUCAGCUCCUGACAGAGAUGCUGCUUCUUUCUGCUUUCACGGCGAUGCUGAUCCGACUGCCUGAUAUUCUAAUAAUGUCAUGAAGUUCAACAUAUGUACAAUGAUCAAGUUGGAAGGAAAUGCAUAACUUUAAUAAAUAAAUGGUGCCAUGACACAUUCAAAAAA